CUGCAAAAUGAUUUGCUUUGUGUUUGUUAUAAGAAACCCCAUCAGCUAUAAGCUUGUUCAGUCUGCAUAAUUGUAAAAACUGCUCAUCAUGGAUUUUAAAGAGAGAAUAAAGAUGUUCGAAAUGAAGGGAAGCAAAGCUCCGAUACCACAUCAAGAGGCACGUGGUAAUAAAACGGCCGGUGCCAAUGCUGUUAAUGUAAAACUUGCAGACAAGUACAAACUCUCAUUGUUCGAUAGACCAUUACCACUAAUCGUCAAACACGAUACUGGUGAAGGAAACGCACUGUCUUACAACCAUGAUACCCUUGAGGAACUUAGCCAAAUUGAGGAGCCAUUAUGUGUCAUAGCUGUAGCUGGAUGUCUGAGGACUGGCAAAUCGUUCCUACUAAGUCGCCUGGUACAGAAGUGUGGCCUUUUAGGAGAGUCCUUUACUGUUGGGCACUCAAUAAAGGCACAGACCAAAGGAAUAUGGAUUAUGUGCAGACCUCAUCCGACUCAAGAAGGAAAGGUCAUUGUUUUUCUCGAUACGGAAGGAAUCGAUGAUCCAGAAAAGGUUGAAAUUCAAGAAGACACUUGGAUAUUCCUUAUUGCAACGUUGCUGUGCAAUGUUCUUGUCUACAAUACAAAAGGCGUCUUUGAUGCAUCACACAUCAGCAAAUUUCGGUUUCUUAAAGUGGUUCAUAAUAACGUGACGGUUGCAAAAGGUGCAUGUGAGGACGACAGUUUUCUUGACUUCUUCUUUCCAAAUUUCGUUCUCGUUUUACGAGAUUUUAGACUGACUUCGGAUACAUCUUCUGAGGAAUUCCUUGAAAACCGAUUAGUGUACAAGACGGGGAAAUCGGACAGUGUGCAUGAGUACAACGAACCAAGGCGCCUACUUAGAAGAUACUUUAAAAAAAGGACAUGCUUUGAAAUCCCCAUCCCAUGCACGAGGCCCGAACAAUUGGAAUCAAUGCCGGAUUCAAAAAUUGAGUCCGAUUUUCUGCAGCGGGUGAACGACUUGCACCAAUACCUAUGUGAAUGUAGCCCAAAGAAACUCAUAUCAGGAAAGCCGUUAAACGGAAGAAUGCUGAGAACGAUGAUAAUAAGCUACAUGAAUUCCGUGCAGGAAAACACGGCACCGUGUUUGAACGAUACUAUUAAACUGAUGGCAGAAGAAGAAAAUCAGUUUGCUAUAAGGAAAGCGUCAGAAUGCUACCAAGAAGAAAUGAAGAAGAGGAUUAACAAACACAUGCCAAAUGAGAAAGGGCUUAAGAGAUAUCACAAUGAUUGCAUGGAUGUUGCUGUCAAGAAAUUAAAAGAAUUAGUUGUUUUAGAUGACGGAGAUAUAUUUCACAGAAGAGCGACAGAAUGUUUCGAAAACCAUUUGCAACGAUUCAAAUCAAUCAUAGAUAGAGACUCCCUUGCCAAAUGCAAAAGUUCUCUAGACAAGCUGGAUAUGAAAAUUCAACGGAAAAUCAGAGAGAACAAGUAUGCUCAUUCGCAUGGUUACAGCGAAUACAUAGAAGACAUCAAUACACUUGUUGAUGAGUUCACAAAGCAAGAACGCUAUCUUGGAUCAAAGACAAGAGCUGCCUUGCAGGGAUAUAUGGAUGCAAAGGUCGAAGAAGAUCAACUCGUAUAUGAAAUGGUUAAGGACAAAAUUGAUGCUGAAGCUGAACAUCAGUUACAUCGCCUUUCAAGUGGAUCAGUCCCGAUUCCAAAGAAAUUUGCAAAUGUUACAGAAGGGGAACAGCCAGCUGAACAGAAGGCACGAGAGUCUAUUGAAAAGUUAGAAUUUGAUGGGCUUAUGAGUAUUGGAUCAAAAUGCCUUGAGAACCUGGAACUGAAAUUACAAGAAAUAGAGCAGGCUAAAGCCGAGUUGUCUGAAGACAACACAUACUACAAGCAACUUGUAGCAGAGUACGACGUCUGGAAUAAUAUUUACAAACAGGCGCAAUUUGCGAAGUAUCAAAACACACCGAAGUCGAUCCAAAAGCCAAAGGAUGUGGAAAAACGAACGGAAAGAAGCUCUGAUGAUAAGGAACUAAGACUGAAGAAGAAAACUUCAGAAAACCCCAAAUGUCCAAUACUUUAAAAAUCAAAACUCACUCACACAUAUGUCAUAAUGAUAUUACUAAAUUAUGAAAACCUGUUACAAAAACGUUGUUUGACCCUAAAUGUAUACGGAAUUGAAAUAUGUUUUAUGCAACAAUAUAAUACAACUGGAUAGUAAUUUCAUUCAAUACAUUUUAGAAUUUGAUUGUUAUUCUUUUGUAAGGGACAAAAUAUUCGACUACAGUUUUAUGAAUUAGUUUUCGGUGUGUGUUUGUUUAUACAAUGUGUAGUUCCUAUACGCUUCUAUAUUAUCUAAAAAUAAUUGUGAAUAUUAUUUACACAUUAACUUAACUAUAAUUAGAAGUUUUAAAAGUUACAACAAAGGUGCGCAUGAUUCCGCUUGUUUUUCAACUUUUUAGCUUUUUGGCAACAGUGUGUGCAAUUUAUUCAGAAUAAAGUAUGCAUGGGCUUUUGAAUAGAACGGUAUAAUGAUGUUAAAAUACGGUAUGUGCAAAACAGUACGUUUUUUUGUAGGAAACUGUUAUAUUUGCUUUUUUGUGCAAAACGGUAUUGUUUUUUUAGCAAAAUGGUGUAUGUGCAAAAUGAUUUGUUCUUAUUAAGCAUAACGGUAUUUCUGCACAAAGGUAUGUUAUUUUUUCGCAAAAUGUUAUGUGCUUUUUGUAACAGAUCGGUACGGCACUCUGAUAUUGUACACUCCGGUUUAGCUCAUUUUAUGGCAUCUAUUCUAUAGUUUUAUGUUGUUCUCAGAUCAAAUGUAUUCAGAAAUAUAAUAGUAAAUAUAAUUAUAAAAUAUC